AUGGAAAGUGAGUUAAGUUUCAAGAUCGUAGUUGUCGGUGAUUCUGGUGUUGGCAAGACUUGUCUUUGCCAACGUUAUGUUAAUAAUGGGUUUACUGGUGGUGACAAGCCGACCAUUGGGGUGAAUUUGAGUUAUUCGAUGCUCAAGAUAAGUGGCACAAUGAUUAAAGUUGAGUUAUGGGAUACGGCUGGUCUUGAGAAGUUCCAAACGAUCCCAUCACUCUUUUACAGGGGAUCUAUUGGUGCUAUUGUAGUGUAUGAUCUGACCAAUCGGGAGUCAUUCAGCCAUGUCCAAAGUUGGAUAGAGAAGUAUCAAGAAUUAGGUGGGAUGACCAACAUCCCGCGUUCAAUUUUAUUAAUUGGAAACAAGUCUGAUGUUCUUCAAGAGCGUGAAAUUGAGUCACAAGAAGGUGAAGAUUUAGCAAAAAGUAUGAAGACGCUCAACACUUAUUUUUUUGAGACUUCUGCAAAAAGUGGCAAAAAUGUGACUGAGAGUUUUAAUCAGUUCAUACAAAAUAUAUAUCAGAUAUACAUUCAAAACCACAAAACGGCGUCUCCAGAGAAGCCUCUAGAUAUCGAGAAGAAGCCACAAGUCGAGACCCAACAAAGCACUGGGUGUUGUUAA